UUGCAGACAAUCGAACCCGAGCUCGUUCACAGUUAUGGCAAUUUUUUCCUACUCGAUGGCACGACGUUUAAGCCAAAAGGUUGUUGGCUUGACCCCAAGUCGAGUGUUCCUUUCAACUACGAUUUCUGGUAUCAGCCACGUCGAGAUGUGAUGAUAUCAACUGAAUGGGGCACGCCCAAUGUUAUCAAGCAAGGCUUUGAUGCAAAGCAUGUUAUGGCGGGUGAAUACGGACAUUCUGUGCAUGUUUUCAAGUGGUCAACACAUGAAAAGCUCCAAACGAUUGAGCUUCCUACGCUUGAAGGGGUAAUGCCACUGGAAAUCAGGUUCCUUCAUGAACCUACUAGCCCAUAUGCUUUCUUUGGGACCGUCCUCGGAUCAUCAGUGUUCCUUCUUCAUCCUGAGGACGGAAAGUACGCUGCAAAAUGUGUUGCAAAAAUACCAUCAAAGAAGGUUGAAGGUUGGUUGUUACCAGAAAUGCCGUCGAUGGUCGUCGACAUUAUCAUCUCAAUGGAUGACCACUACCUCUACGCCUCGAACUGGAUUCAUGGUGAUAUCAGACAAUACGAUAUUUCCGAUCCCGAGAAUCCUCGUCUGAACUCACAGGUUGUU